GCUAAGCGUUUCAGGGUGCUUAGAAGGACAGCCAAAGAUUGUCCACAGUUAAAAUUGUUUUUAUAUCGCUGUAGGAUCAGGGACGCAACACCGGGCCGAUCUUCUGCUCAGAAUGGAUGAAAAUUGUUUAAAACAACUGGUGAAGUUCACACAAGACGGACAGCUGGGAUCUGUGGAGAAACAGCUGACGUUAGGCGGCUCGGCGGCGCUUCAGGCAGCCAGAGCAAAACACUUCGGUCGCUCAGGGGACACGUUGCUGCACUACGCUGCCAGACACGGUCACGUGGACGUCGUAGAUUAUCUGUUAAGGCGUGUGGGUAUGGAUGUGGAGGUAUACAACAACGACUACAAGAGACCGCUACAUGAAGCUGCGUCUAUGGGCCAUCACAACUGUGUCGCCUACCUGCUGCGGGUGGGCGCUAAAGUGGACUGCCUGAAGAAGGCGGACUGGACUCCUCUGAUGAUGGCCUGCACUCGGAGAAACCUCGACGUGAUCCAGGAGCUGCUACUUCAUGGUGCCGACCCCGAGCUGAGGAACAAGGAUGGCUGGAAUGCGUUUCACAUCGCCUGCAGGGAGGGUAAUCCUCUCGUCAUACAGCACCUGCUUCGUGUCGUGCCGAACGUGUGGAGGACAGAAAGCAAGAUACGCCGAACGCCUCUGCACACUGCAGCUAUGCACGGCUGUGAGGACGUGGUUAGGAUCUUGCUAGAGAGAUGUGGCUAUACCCCAGACAGCACAGACAGCUGCGGAGUCACUCCCCUGAUGGAUGCUGUCAGAAAUGGUCACAUCUCUGUAGCCAGACUGCUUUUAGAGAAGCACCAGGCAUCUCCUGCAGCAGCCGACUUACUCGGGGCUCAGUCGGUGCACCAGGUCGCUGUCACUGGUCAGGAUCAGGCACUGCAAUUCCUAGUCCAGGAGCUUGGUGUAGAUGUGAACCAGAGAGCCACUGACAUCCAACUCACUGCGCUGCAUUAUGCAGCAAAGGAGGGCCACACAUCCACUAUAAAAUCACUGCUAGACUUGGGAGCAAAUCUUCACAUUAGGGAUAGAAAAGGAAGGACUGCUCUCCACAUGGCUUGCAUUGGGCAGCACAAGGAAGCAGCCAAGGUGCUUCUGCAGCUCGGACUCGAAGACUCAGAAGAUGCAUCGGGCACUACAGCACAGCAGCUUGCAAAGAAACCAGAUGUGCUGCAAGUGUUUAAAUGUGGCCUAUCAGAUACCUCGUCAGAUUAGACCGUGUAGAAUGUGUUAAUUAUUGUGAAAAACCAAAGGCCCAGGCUUCACCUGGACAAUAUUGUUUGCCGACGCCCCUGGCAGCUCUUUUGACUGAUGUGGUUAUUUAAAUACUCUGCAUACAGAUGUAUUAAAUAAAUAUUGACACCUAAUAAUAUUA